CUAUUGCCCAUAAAAAUCAGUAGCUGUGGAGCUGAAUGACAUGGGGGGAAUGGGGCGUAAAAUUAAAGAAUCUUGCGAACAGGAGAAGCAAACUCCCGCAGACCGUGAUCUGAAGCCCAGAGCAGCGGAGCCAAAACAUGCGACAAAGGGCUUUUAAAAUACUGCAGAAACAACCACCACUGCUGCAUUCGUUUUUAUUGUAGGUGAUUAGCCUAUAGGUUUGAUCUGAACAUAGUAGCGCUAAAAUAAUUUAAUUCUCAAUUCAUAUCCUAGUAGUGCUAACACCGACCUGGAUUUCUCCGACCAGAGAGAGAUGACCAAACAGCCGGCCAAUGCUCCUACCGGUUUUAAACCGUUGCACCAGCCGGAGGGAGCGGUGGGAGUUUCAGCAAACAAACCGUACAAUGCCCUUAACCAAACGUCCGCCGCUCACCCGGCCCCUCAGCCAGCACCAUCCAACGAGAGCAAAACUUUCUGUCCCACGGAAAAUAAACCGGGAGAAGUCAGUAAAGUCUAUGGAACAUUUAAAAAUGCCGCUCCGGCGGUGCCUGGAUCAGUGGCUGCGAACUCGGCCUUACGUAAGAAUUCCACCAGCUCAGUUGGUGGUUCUGCUGCCCGGGUUGUCCCUGUCCAGUGCGGGGACCCGCUUAGAGCUACCGGAGAUCAAAACAAUGCGUCGGGCAACUGGACCACCAUGAGUCAGACCACCAUCAUUCUGGGCGCAGAUGGCAACACGUCUGUUCAGCCCGGCGCCGUGACGGGGGAGGACGAGAGUGGAGAUGAGAAUAAGGCCAGGGGAAACUGGACUAAUAAAUUGGAUUUCAUCCUGUCCAUGGUUGGUUAUGCCGUGGGACUGGGAAACGUGUGGAGGUUUCCAUACCUUGCCUUCCAAAAUGGUGGAGGUGCUUUUUUGAUCCCCUACCUGAUAAUGUUGUGCCUCGCCGGGAUCCCUAUCUUUUUAUUGGAGGUUUCCCUGGGUCAGUUUGCCAGCCAGGGCCCCGUGUCCGUGUGGAAAGCCAUCCCGGCUCUGCAAGGUUGCGGGAUUGCCAUGUUGAUAAUAUCUGUCUUGAUAGCCAUAUACUAUAACAUUAUUAUGUGCUGGACACUGUACUACCUGUUCGCUUCGUUGAAGGGCUCACUGCCAUGGGCUAACUGUAAGAACGAGUGGAACACGUUGGACUGUAAGGACAAAGACAUGCUUCUCUUAGACACGUGCAUCCUCCAUGAUAAAAACAUCACCUCUGUAAAGAACAGCUCGUUCUGCCUGUCGGCUCAAGCCAUUGGAAACCUGACCAAACUGGUUAACAUGACCUAUCCGGAUAACAAAACUUACGUCAGCCCCAGCGAGGAGUACUUCAAGUAUAAUGUCUUGCACAUCUCCAAAGGGAUAGAGUACCCUGGAGACAUCCGCUGGCCCCUCGCAGGCUGCUUGUUGCUGGCCUGGUUGAUAGUCUACCUCUCCCUGGCCAAAGGAAUCAAGUCAUCAGGGAAAGUGGUGUAUUUCACAGCUACGUUCCCCUAUGUGGUUCUGGUCAUUCUGUUGUUCAGAGGAGUGACCCUCCCAGGGGCUGGUGACGGCAUCCUCUACUUCAUCACACCCAAGUGGGAGAAACUCAAUGAUGCUAAGGUGUGGAAGGAUGCUGCCACACAGAUCUUCUUCUCUCUGUCAGCAGCCUGGGGAGGCCUCAUCACACUGUCUUCUUACAACAAGUUCCACAACAACUGCUACAGGGACACCAUCAUCGUGUGCAUAGUUAACAGUGCCACCAGUAUAUUCGCUGGGUUCGUCAUCUUCUCCGUCAUUGGAUUCAUGGCCCAUGAACUGAAGGUGCCCAUUGAGAAGGUGGCAGAUGAAGGUCCAGGCAUAGCAUUUGUGGUGUACCCGGAGGCUCUGACCAGACUUCCACUCUCUCCGUUCUGGGCCAUCAUAUUCUUCCUCAUGCUGCUGACCCUCGGCUUGGAUACCAUGUUUGCCACCAUUGAGACCAUAGUGACGUCGGUGUCAGAUGAGUUCCCCCAGUAUCUGAGAAAGAACAAGCCUCUGUUCACGCUCAUCUGCUGUGCCUGUUUCUUCUUCCUGGGAUUCCCUAUGGUCACAGAGAACGGGAUGUACAUGCUCCAGUUGGUGGACACGUAUGCUGCCUCUUACUCUCUGGUUAUCAUUGCCAUCUGUGAGCUAAUCGGAAUCUCCUACUUCUAUGGCCUGCAGAGGUUCUGCGAGGACAUUGAAAUGAUGAUUGGCUUCCAACCAAACCGCUUCUGGAGAAUCUGCUGGGCCUUUGUGACUCCAACCAUUCUGACUGGUAUCCUGGGGCUGAGUCUGUACCAGUGGAAGGUGAUGACCUAUGAGGACUACACCUACCCUCCCUGGUCCAUGGUGAUGGGGUGGCUGAUGGUGGUGUGUUCUGUCAUCUGGAUCCCAAUCAUGUUUGUCAUCAAAAUGUACUUGGCCCCAGGCAGCUUCAUGGAGCGUCUGAAGCUGGUGUGCUCCCCUCAGCCCGACUGGGGUCCCUUCCUGGCAAAGCACAGAGGGGAGCGCUACAAGAACAUGAUGGAUCCCCAUGGAUCCAACUCCCUGGGCCUCAAACUGCCCCCGAAAGAUUUCCAGCUGGGCACCUACCAGUAGCAGCCUCCACUACUACCACCACCACCACUUUAGCAGGGGCACUUGGGAGAGAGAGAGCAGCAGGCUACCACUGCCCUCUCCUCCACCUAUUCCUUCUCUUUUUCCUGUUCUCCACUUCACUUCAUCUCUCCUUUCCUUCCUCUUUCCAUUCAAUGUGGGUGCGAGAAAAGCAAGCCAACACAUCCUCCACUUUAUUUCCCGGUUCUACUCUCCUGCUCCCUUCUUCUUUCUCCUCCACUCUAUAGCAAAGUGGGGCUGCCCUCCUCUCCAACGUUGCUUUCUCUGGCAGGCACCCAUACCAUACCCUGCCCUUUCUCUCCCUAACCCCUGACCUGAGAAUGGUCUGUCCUCUGCCUCCUACCCAUGCACAGCCAUUACUCCAGAACCCUUUCUUUCUGAGGGGAUCUCUAUUCCAAAAGAAAAAUGUGUACUGUGUCACAAUGUUGCAAUGGCAAUAUUCGACUGCACAUGACAAAAAAAUAUAAUCAAAUUGUAUGUGUCACAUGCUUCAUAGACAACAGGUGUAGACUAACAGUGAAAUGCUUACGGGUCCUUUUCCAACAAUGCAGAAUUAAAGAUAAAAAAAAUGUAAUAAAAAUAGUGACAAGGAAUAAAUACACAGGGAUUAACGUAUAACAGUAACGAGUUAAAGUAAAAUGGCUAUGGAGUACCCGUACCAAGUCGAUGAGUACGAGGUAAUUGAGGUAGCUUUGUAUAUAUAGGUAGGGGUAAAGUGACUGUGGCAUCAGUAUGCAUGUGUGCGUGUGUUAUGUGUGUGUGUGCAUAUGUAGUGUGUGUGUGUCUGUGUGUGUUG